AUGCAACAACUAAAGACAAAAAUAAAGCCUCCUUUUUUGUUAGAUGGGGUGUCAGCUGCAAGAAGAGGAAAGGUGCUUGAUUACAAGGCUGAAAAGGAUACUCAUUUAGAAUAAUACUUCUUUAAUAUGUAAAUGAGAUAACAAAUGAUGAAAAUGAAACAAGAUAGAAUGAGUUAAAGAAAUUUAGCUCAUUAACAAUCAAAGUCCUUUGAAUAAACUAUAGUAAGGAUGAAUACAUAAAGUUUAGCAUCAAUAAAAAUAAACUUAAGUAUUAAAUAAAUCCAACUCGCCCCAGCAUUAGACUAAAGUAUCCAACACUCAAAAAGUUCCUAAUGUAUCAAGAUCAUUAUCUAAAGAACACUUUGUAACAUUUCUUGAUUCUUUCAUUACGACAGUAUAGAAUGUUUAACAGUUAGUAAAUACUUAUUUUCCUUAAGAUUAAAUGGACAAUUAAAUAUCUAAAUAGCAAGAUGAAUUAAGAAAAAUUAGUUAAGCAACUGAAUAACUAAGUAGAAAAUUACGUGCAAAUUCAUUAGGAAAUAAAAAAGAAGUAGAGAAUGUAAAAACUUAAAAGAACUUUUCAAAAUUACCUUAAAUUAAGAAAAUAGAUGCUCUUGUAAGUAAGUCUUAAAGAGGAAGAGAUUAAUAAUAUAAAGUUAAUAAUUAAGUUACUAAAAAUAUUGCUAAUGUUUCAAAGACUCUAGAAAGAAAUUAAAAUAUUGAAUUAGAAGAAACAGAAAAUCAUAAUUUUCGUUUUGAACAUUAUGAAUCUGUAUAAGACAAUACAAUAAAGAAAACUAUUACUGAUAAACCUGUAGAUUAAAUCUUAAGUCAUAGAGAUCCUGAUUCCUAAUAAUCAAAUUUAUUACAAAUAAGAUCUGAUUAAACAACUUAACUUCCAUCAGUAAGAAGUUCAUAAUAAAAACCUGUUUAUUAGUAUAAGAAAUAUCAUAAAGAAAUUCAAUUAGUCUUAACUAAACCAAAAUAACAUAAAAAUGAAGUUCCAUUAAUUUAAUAAUCUCCAGAAUAAUUUAAAAGUAAAAGCGUUGGUACUAGAGAUAAUUUAUAGAAAAGUUAAUCAAAGAAUUUGUAAAAACUAGAUUUUAAAAAAAUAACUUCUAUCAAUAUUUCUAAAAUUGAAUAACAAAAAUCUAAAAAAAACUUAAAUUAUUAAGAAGUUUCAAGUAAAUAAUAAAAUACACCACCAAUUCUAAUCAAAAUUACAGAUAUUGAUAAAUAAUCUAAUGUAGAUCAACCUAAAAAUUAGGUUUAAGUUGAAGUUGUUGAGGAUGUUGUUCAAAAUUUUUCUAAUGAUUCUGGAUUAUUUUUGAUCUAAUAAUCAUAGAAUUAAGAAAAACCUCAAAUAUCAACUUAAGAUGAAGAUAAGAGUAAAUUGAAUGGAACUGCAUUCUUCAAGAUUGUAGAAGAAGAAGAAAGGAAAGAUAAUAUUGGGAAAAUGACAGAAAGUAAUGAAAUUUAAAGAUUUAAUUUAAAUGAUGAAAACAAAGAAAAAUAAUCUAAUUAUUAAGAAAUAAAAUAGGAAAAUGCUUUCAUAAAAAUGAUAUAAAAUUAAGUUACUGAGAAUGAUUAAAAACUAUUAAAAUAAUAAUAAACAAAUUAUAACACAUUUAAUGAUGUAGAAAAUGGCAGCGAAGUAUUAAUUAAAGUAGCUGAAUCAAUAGAUCCAUAAAGUGAUGAAGAUGUAGUAAAUCCACUUGAAGAUAGUGAUGAUUAAUAAAGAUAUAAUUAAGGAACCUUCUUGAUUACUACAUUAGAGUAAAAUAAUAAAUAAUAAGCUAUUUUAUAAUAGAAGGACAAUUUUGAAUAAGAAUCAUGA